GCCGCAUCUGACAGUUGGCACGUGUGCGUGAAGUCGACUUUCGCGUCUGCGCGCUCGAUAACGCGACACGCUUGUGUUGUCCGUACACGUCCGUGAAAAUCAAAGGACCGAGUACCGAGCGACUUCUUAUCGGUGUGUGCAUGUCAGUAUUUCGCCGCCACGUCCUUAUAUUUACAAUGAAUGCGUGGGUGCAGUACUUCAAAUCCAUUCCGACGCAUAUGGAUUAUGAUGGUCAAGCCAGAGCAGAAAAAUUGUCACGAGUUAUAAUAACAUUAUUUGGUGUGGUUGGUUUAAUCUGGGGUUACGUUAUUCAACAGUUCUCACAGACAAUUUAUAUUUUGGGUGCUGGCUUUGUAAUGGCGGCAUUAAUCACUGUACCUCCGUGGCCUAUGUACCGUCGCAAACCAUUGGACUGGCAAAAACCACAGUCUGAAGUUACCACUAAACUGAAAAAGAAGAAGUAAUCGCAGAAUAUUUGUGAUAUUUUAAACAAAGUUUAAUACAACAAAUUGCAUUGUGCAAUCAUGUUUACAAUAAUGUAAAUUUGAUUGCUGAAAAUGGACAUCUAUACAUACCACUAAGCAUUUGUCAUUAUGCAAUUAUGAGAUAUGAAGAUAUGUUUUGAACGUAUGAAUGCGAGUGUAUAUCGGAACAAGUGUGAGAGACUUUAGAUCUUUUUGUAAGAUUUAACACAUACAAAUAUUAUCUGUACUAUAAUAUUUGUUGACUAUAUAAAUGUGAAUCAUACAAAUAAAACAUACAUUUUAUUUGCA